AUGCCCAGCCCGACCAUCCCUCGUGCUUCCUAUCGCUUCCAGUUGAAGCCGCAGAAGUGCAGAGAAGCUCCACAGCCACCUCAGAAGCCUUUGACAUGGAAGGCGCUGCCUUCAAGGACAGAGGCUCAGGACUCCAGAGACGCUUUGUGGUGUGCGACAGCUUCAGAUAUUGCGGACAAGCAUGUGAAGUCUGCAUUCGGGGGCUUGAAAGAAGCACUCCGUGGAUUCCGUGCUGAGAAGAUGGAAAAGCCUCAGAGGUCGAUGCCGGUCAUUCUGGCAUUGGCCGGAACAUCGGCAAAUGACCACCACGCGACGAUGUGCCGAGCAAGAGAGCUUCUGCACCAGGAAGUGCCCAAAGUUUGUACGGCUCUCGUGAGGCCAAGGGAUUUCGCCAGCCUGAAUGCGGCAAACCGGGCAAUCGGUGAACAGCUGCAAGGAGGAGACUCUUCUAGCCAGCUUCAAGAAGCAGAAGCCGAUGACGAAGACGAGUGUACUGCAGCAUCAAGCUUCGUUAGCUGCCACAGCAACUCCAGAUGUAUGACCGUCUUAUGCAUCGAAGCAGCGGAUGCGGUGCCGAAGCAGAUACUGAAAGAUGUUCUGGCAUACUGGCAUGAGAACUGCAUGGCUGCUGAAAUUCCUAUUGUGGCAUUCCUCGGGUUGAAGCGCCUGAAGGCAAGUCGAACUGAACUGUUUGACUUGGGCAGCGAGCCAGGUGCAUUCCACCACAUUCAGACAGUGUGCCUUUUCGACCCGGAAAAGGUUUUCCACGAGCUAUUGGGCAGAAUGAAGGAGGUGCGAUGUCCACUCGCACGAACACCUGCUGUGCAGAAAUCAUUAAGGCAUAUCUUCCAGCAGUUUCAGCAGAGCGUCUCCCAUGUCCUGGACAUGGUUUGCCUGCUAGCUGCGAAGGACUUCAACUGCAGCCAGGAAUCCCUGAUGGACGCCGAGCGGCACCUGAUAAGGAAAACCGAGGGCUACCUGCGCAUGCUUGCAGCGGAAGAGCCACACGAUGGAGCUGCUAAGGAUGCAGGCAGCCCCUUGCGAGACACUGCUCGUGUCUACCAGUUUCUGGAGUGUUCCACCGGCCGGCAGGUUAAGGUUGCAGAUCUUUGGGCCUCGUGUCAGAAGACGAUGUUUGCAUCGUUAGCUGAUGAAGUCGCUUUGCCCAGAUUUCGGCAGGCCCUAGCAACACUUCACUUGAUGGGGAUUGUCUUUUUCGUGCGUGGCAACGCUCAGAAGGGCGUGAGCGGAUGGCACCUCAAAAGACGUGUAUUUGGACGCGUGCGCCGUGUAGCGGGCACUGAUCCACCCAACGGGAGUACAGCCUCGAGAAAUCUCUGGACUUUGCCUGGGCGAGAGACCGCCAUGUCACUAUGUCUACUACGAAUGCAGAUUUUGUAUCUGCACCGACCUCCCAGAGUGCCCAUGGAGCUAGUUGAGAGUCUUAUGACCUACUGUACUCUGCACAUCUGUGAAGAUGCAGCACUGCCAUCAGGUCCCUGCGAAUUUCACAUAGCGAAGCCAGGCAGUGUAAGCUCGCGGAGCAUCAAGUGA